CGGGGGAGCACCGCAAGCUUCCUCAGGAGCCAAUAGAGAAGAGGAACGAAGAAACGCUUCCGGAGUUCGGGGGUCGGUGGAAGAUGGCGGCCGCCGAAAGGGGUUGGUGCUUAUACGAGUUAUUCAGGUUUUUGUAUUCAUUAUUCUUCCCUGGGUUAAUGGUAUGUGGAACUUUAUCUGUGUGUUUGCUCAUUGUCCUUUGGGGAAUCAGACUGCUGCUACGGCAAAAGAAAAAGUUGGCAUCAACUAGCAAAACUGGGAAGAGUCAAAUGGUGAUUGCAUUUUUCCAUCCAUACUGCAAUGCUGGUGGAGGAGGAGAAAGAGUUUUAUGGUGUGCCUUAAGGGCUCUACAGAAAAAGUAUCCUGAAGCCGUUUAUGUUGUUUACACUGGUGAUGCCGAUGUCAGCGGUCAACAGAUACUGGACGGUGCUUUCAGAAGAUUUAACAUCAGAUUAACUCACCCAGUGAAGUUUCUUUUCUUGAGGAAGCGCUACCUCGUGGAAGCGUCACUCUAUCCCCAUUUCACGCUGCUGGGCCAGAGUCUGGGGUCCAUUUUUCUUGGCUGGGAAGCCCUGAUGCAGUGUGUUCCUGACAUUUACAUCGAUUCGAUGGGCUACGCUUUCACGCUCCCUCUGUUUAAGUAUCUAGGCGGUUGCCGCGUGGGAAGCUAUGUUCAUUAUCCCACCAUCAGCACUGACAUGCUCUCCGUAGUGAAGAAUCAGCACGUGGGAUUUAACAACGCGGCCUUCAUUACCAGGAACCCUUUUCUCAGCCAAGUCAAGCUCAUCUACUACCACUUAUUCGCCUGCGUAUAUGGGCUUGUUGGUUCUUGCAGUGACGUUGUCAUGGUCAAUUCCUCUUGGACGCUAAACCAUAUCCUCUCCCUGUGGAAGGCUGGGGAUCGAACUCACGUUGUUUACCCACCUUGCGACGUGCAGACAUUUCUAGACAUUCCCUUACAGGACAAGAAGACGACCUCAGGACACAUGCUGGUUUCCAUUGGCCAGUUCAGGCCCGAGAAGAACCAUCCUUUGCAGAUCAGAGCCUUUGCUAAAUUGCUGAGUAAGAAGGAGGCUGCGUCACUUCUUCCACUUAAACUUGUCCUCAUUGGAGGCUGUCGGAACCAAGAUGAUGAACUUCGGGUGAACCAGCUGCGGAGGCUUUCUGAGGAUCUAGGCGUCCACAAAGAUGUGGAAUUUAAAAUCAACAUUCCAUUCGAUGAAUUAAAGAAUUACUUGUCUGAAGCAACCAUUGGUCUGCAUACCAUGUGGAACGAGCAUUUUGGGAUUGGAAUUGUGGAGUGUAUGGCAGCUGGCACAAUUGUUCUUGCCCACAAUUCAGGGGGCCCGAAGCUGGACAUCGUCGUGCCUCACGAAGGCGCGUGCACUGGAUUUCUGGCUGACGGGGAAGAAGGCUACGCCGAGACCAUGGCCCAGAUUCUUUCCAUGUCUGCAGACAAGAGACUCCACAUCAGAAACAGUGCCCGGGCAUCUGUAAGCAGAUUCUCCGAUCAGGAGUUUGAAGUGACAUUCCUGUCGUCUGUGGAGAAACUGUUUCAGUGAUGCCACAUCUGUACGCAUUUAAAGGUAUUUUGUAUAAAAUGGUUAGACACCUUCGGAUGUUAAUAUUUUUCUAAACUCCUUUCCUAUUGUGAUAAAGUUAGUCUAAGCAAGGCCCUCAGCAGUGUGUAUAUAAGCAAGGUAUUUAUUUCAAUGAGAAAAGGUAAAAUUACCUCAAUGGAAAAGGUACCUUAUAUAGUUCAAGUGUCACAAUUUUAGAUUAGUGUUUGGCCUCAAAUUCUGAAAAAUAUGGAGUUCCUACCCUGGUGAAGUGGGUUAAGGAUCCAGUGUUGCCAUAGCUGUGGCUUGGAUUCCUAUCUCUGGCUUGGGAACUUCCAUAGGCCAUUGGUGUGGCAAAGAAAAAAACAAAAACAACCCUGAAAGAUAUGGGUCUGAAAGAAAAAAAUGAACAAUCUUAAUUUUGAUAUAAUCCAUAUUUUUCAAAUUCUAUUUGUCAAAUCACUUUACUUUAGAAAUCAGGAAAUGAAUUUCAGUUUGAGUUUGUUUUUGUUUGUUUUGCCUCACCCACAGCAUGUGGAACUUCUUGGGAUUGAACCCACAGCACAGGGUCAGAUCCUUCAUCCACUGCAGCACAAGGGAAAUCUGAGAAUUUCUGUUAGAAAAAAGGAAAUGUUGGAAAGAAAAUGAAUGAUUGAUAAUUGAUUAGUACUUCUGAAUUGUUUUGACAUAUUUGGAACAUAGGAAAAUUCUGGUACAUUUAAAUUCAAACAAUAUUGUGGAUAAACUUUAGAAAAAUUUUUUUUCUUUUUUUUUUAGGUUUUUAUUUUUCCAUUAUAGUUGCUUUACAGUGUUCUGUCAAUUUCUGCUGUACAGCAAAGUGACCCAGUCAUACAUAUAUAUACACACACACACGUAUUUAUUCUUUUUCUCACAUUAUCCUCCAUCAUGUUCCAUCACAAGUAACUAGAUACAGUUCCCUGUGCUAUACAGCAAGAUCUCAUUGCUUAUCCACGCCAAAUGCAAUAGUUUGCAUCUAACACUGUGGAUAAACUUUUUGAAUACAUCUAAUGAUCUUCUUAAAAAAGCAAAGAAACUUUAAGCAGACUUAAUCACGUUCUAAAAGCAUAUAGUCAGAGACAGACCAACUGUGAUUGCUCCGUGGUGUGCGAGGGCAUGGGGAGACCAGGCUCCCUAACUAGAUGUUUGUGAAAAUAAUUUUCUCUUUGGUGCCGUUAGGACAUGUGUAUGGGCCUCUCACUAUCCCUUAACAUUUUCACAUCCCAGAGGCUGGAAGUCCUCUUUUUUAAGUCAUUCAGGUGGUCUGAGUCACAACAUGCCGCUGAGUUGUUUUUCUCAUAGUGAUGAUCUAAUCUGCGGAUCCAUCCACACGGUCUCCAUCAUCAGCAUCGUGCGUCGUAAGACGAGGUGGCAUUUUGGAAAGAGCCCUGGGCUGGCCGUUGGAACAGCUGGACCUGACCUCAGCAGCAUCACUUACAGACAUCUGAUGUUUUGACACUAACGCUGCUCCCUAAUCGGUCUGAGUCUCAGCUCCUUUCUCUGUAAUCUGGAGAUGCUAAUGGCUGGCCUCACUGCCUUUCAUAGUUGUAGUGAAAACAUGGAACAUGGAAAGUAUGUGAAAGUACUUUGAAAAUUAUAAAAGUUACUUUAAUUAAAAGUAACAAUAUAAAGUAGAUGCCUUCUGGAAUCCUAUCUUUAUCAGUGCUUUACAACCUGAUGUAGAUUCUCGGUUACUAAGCCAGUAUCUAGGUAUCAGUAUCAUUUAACAGGCCUUCUAUCCUGAAUAACUAGCAUGGAAACGUAAACAUUUUCAUGUGCAGGUAUGGCUAUGGAGACUUACAACUUUGCGUGUUCCCUGCCUACGUGGUCAGUUCCUUUUAGUUCGGUGGGACCUCACUCACAGUGUGAUUGCAUCUUUGUGUUAGAGGCAUGUGAAAGAGGUGUAUUUUUCCUCUCCAGUCUCCUCUUUUGCAUUCAUGGAGCCAGCCAACCUCAUUGUUUGGUUCCCAUUACAUUGUUGAUUCAUCAGAUCAAAAAGCAGCAAAAUAGAGUCCCAGGAUGUUGUGACUCACCAGCACAGCUUUGUUUUGGAAAUUAUUCAAUUUAGAAAAGAGAUACUGGUGGAAAUUGGAGCUAGAAGGAGCUCUACAAAUUCUCUAGUUCAAUUUUCUCUUAUUUUCAGCUUUACAGACUAGAAUAACUUAAAAGAACUUUAAUUCUGCCAGUAUCACAAAGCUAUUUAAUAAUAAAAUCGGGAUCACUACCUUGGCCUUCUAACUCCCAGCCCAGUGCUUUUUCUUAUCUUACAGCUAGUCGUUGAGGUAAGAGUCAAACCAUUGCCCAUUCAGCCUCUCCAUCCUCCCAGAGAAAACCAUGGGACUAAGAUAAAUUGAAAUAGAGCAAAAGUGACAGGUGUACUAAAGGAAGAAAGGAUUCUGAAAUUCCACAAAACAUUUAAAAAUUUUUUUAUUAAAAUAUAAUUUACAGUGUUCUGUCAAUUUCUGCUGUGUAGCAAAAUGACCCAGUCAUACCCACAAAACAUUUUUAAGCUCGUUUCUUCAGAAUGAUUUUAUCACAAACAUGUCAUUGGAAAAUAUAAUUUGCAUAUAUGUUCCUAAUGUGAUAUUAAAUGUUUGUUUCUUAAUCCCCGAUGCCGUGAAGAGUGUCAGAGCAGCAUCUCAGCUUCCGUCUUCCUGGAGUCCUAAGUGACUUAAUUCCUGUACGACUUUGCUUUUGCGUGGUCCAAACAUGCAGUUUUGAACCCACAGCAGUGGUGAUUCACAUUCUUAUUUCCACUUGUGCAGAAUAAACUACGUGUCCUUUGUAAUGUAUUUGAAUCUAAAUAUAAUCUAAAGAAGUGUUAUUAUCCUACUUUUCCCAGUGUGAUGUCUUUAUAACCCUCAUGUAGUCUCCUAGUUCUGAAUUAUUCAUUAUCUACUAAUAUUGCCAAGUGCCACAGGUGAAGAAUUUCUUUUAAAGAAAAAAAAAAUUUUUUUUAAGCAAAACAAAACUGUCUUGCCUCUUGUACCCAAGAAGGAUAGGCUGUCAAGUUUAAUAGAUUUUUUUAAAUGAAUAUUUGAGACAUAUAAAACACUGCAGGGUUUCAUACACUUUAAUACUUUUUAGGGUAUUUUACAAAGUCAUCUUCUAGACAAAAUUAUGAGAUAGGGGCCAGUGUGAUUAUCAGUGCUUUCAGAAUAUUUGUGUUUAAUUGUGUAAAUGUACCCUGAAUGCCAAAACUAUAACAUGAAUAAACUAGUAAAAGUGUCUGCUAAAUCUGUCAAUGGGUACAAUGAAAAAGUCACUUUCAUUAAACCACAACCAGAAGCUA